AGGGGAGAGGAGGGGAUGGAUUAGAGGGCGGCGGCUGAGGGCUUAUAAAAUCCCCUAGAUCCUGCUGAGAGCAAAGGGAAGGGAACCCUUUGCGUGCUAAGCGGGGUGGGGGGGUUCCACCGGAGUUAUCCACCCAACUACAGCGUUCCCACACGCGGAGACCAGGCAGUAAUACCCUCCCGUCGCCCACUAUUCCCUUCCCACCGAUCUCCCCCGCACGACGCGACACCAGGAGCAAGAACCACACCGAUGUCCGACAAAGAAGGCGCCCCGGCGGUUACAGAGGCCGCCCCGUCUGAAGCCCAACCGCCGGCUCCAGCAGAAGCUGCUGCUGCUGCUCCAGCAGCAGAACUUGCACCUGUCCCGGCUCCUGCCGCGGAUGCAGCAGCAGCAGAAACUGCGGCCGAGCCUACGGCUCCGGCUCCGCCGGCCCAGAGCCCCAAGCCCGCAGUUCCAGCUUCCAAGAAGAAGUCCAAGGAAGGAUCCCCUGGUGCACCGACGCAUCUGACGUUGGAGGAUGUGAACGACAACUCUGUGACCUUGACGUGGGAUGCACCAGAACAGGUGGGCCCUUCUGGCCUGGAUGGAUACGUGGUGGAGCACUGCAAAGAUGGAACUACAGACUGGGUGGUUGCCAACACAAAACCUUUCCUUUCCACUCGCUACAUAAUCCGCAACCUAACAUCUGGAGAUAAACUUCACAUUCGUGUGACAGCCGUGAAGGGUGAUGCAGUUAGUGACCCAGCUGCCCUGGACCAGCCCGUCUUGAUCAGAGAAAUUCUUGAGCAUCCCAAGAUCCGUCUGCCACGCUACUUGAGAGAUUUGUACAUGAGGACUGUGGGACAGGUGGUGAACCUGAUGAUUCCUUUUCGGGGAAAACCAAAGCCUCAGUUGACCUGGACCAAAGAAGGCCAACCUCUGGAUCCCAAGCGGGUGAAUAUUCGCAACAGUGACAGGGACUCUGUCUUCUUCAUCCGUGAAGCACAGCGCAAGGAUUCUGGAAAAUAUGAAAUAAAUGUUAAGAUCUUAGAUGAACUAGAAGACAAGGCCACCAUUGAUCUCCAGGUGAUUGAGAGACCAGGCCCACCUGAGAACCUGAAGUUGGUGGAUGCAUGGGGCUUUAAUGUGGCACUGGAAUGGAGCCCACCCAAAGAUAGUGGCAAUGCUGAUCUCAAGGGUUACACAGUCCAAAAAGCAGAAAUGAAGACUAAGCAAUGGUUCACAGUUCUGGAGCACUACAACCGCACCAGCUGCACUGUGUCUGAUCUCAUCAUCGGCAACAGCUACACCUUCCGGGUCUUCUCUGAGAACCCCUGUGGCCUCAGUGAGAAAGCUGCUGUCACCAAGGAUGUGGCACACAUAAAAAAACAAGCCAUUACAUACAAAUCGGAGAUGUUCAACAGCCGGGAUUUUUCCGAACCUCCGAAAUUCACUCAGCCUCUGACUGACAGAACCACUACCCGGGGCUACAAUACCCAGCUUGUCUGCUGUGUCCGGGGCUUCCCAAAGCCCAAAGUGAUCUGGAUGAAAAACCAAAUGGAGAUCCGAGAAGACCCCAAGUAUGUAGCCAUCACAAACGAAGGUGUUUGCUCUUUAGAAAUACGCAAGCCCAGUCCUUUUGAUGGUGGUGUCUACACCUGCAAAGCUGUGAAUGCUUUGGGAGAAGCCUCUGUAGACUGCAGGCUGAAUGUAAAAGUUCCAGAAUGAGUAUGUUAUGGAGAAGGGCAAAAUGGAUUUGAGAUCAAAACAUCAAAAGAAAAGAAGAGGAAAGGAAAAGCGGGGGGAAGGGGGAAAUAAAAGAAACAGCCUUGAUGAUUCUACAGUCUCCUGCUUUCCUGUCUAUCAUAUCCUGAGUUUAUACUAAAACCUUAAACUAAAAUUAAAAGUUAAAUACUAAAACAGCAAACUGGGCCACUUUUAAAGUUAUAUAUUUACCUGCAUCAUUUAACAAAUACAUUAAUGUAUACAACAAUGGCCCACCUACCAGUCUUGUCAAAAAAGGACCCCCAAAUUCCUCUCUAGGAGAUAAAGGCAGCAGUAUAAUACAUACUAUGCAAGCAUACUAGCUCUUACUUGAACCAGUAAUGCAGCAAACUGGGUCACUUGCUCCAUUAUAAGGUAUAUUAUGAAUCUGCCCUAAUUUAAUAGACGAUUCCAUUGUUACUAGAUGAAGCACCAGGGGUGGCCCUUUCAUGAGCCAUGGUGAGGCAGUUGCUCCAGGUGGCAGAUUAUUUGGGUGCCAACAGGGCAGCAAGAUGCCCUUCAGCUGCUGCCAUCAGAACAGCGCUUAGGGAGCGAUCUGACCCAUGCAAGCCUCGCAAGGAGCACUUACUCUUCACACUCUUUGCAAAGUUUGCAAGAAGCAUGAGGAGAGAAGAGGAGGCUGCUGGCAACCUUCCUUGUCCCCCCCCCCACUUUCAAAGCUUGCAAGGAUUGUUUGAAAUUGACCUGGCCCCCACCAGAGACCCAAGGUGGCACCUCAGGCUCUGCAACACCUUGGGCCACUCCUGAAAGGAUCUCAGACCCUCCAAUAACGCCCCCUGCCCCAUCCCCCCCCACCAAUAAGUAACCAAUUCUGUUUGGCAACUGAUUUUGAUCACAUAAUAUCUUGGAGAGAUCCUUAGGGAGAAUCUAUAUUAGCAAGUGAGGACAGAUAUAUCAGAUCUGGGAAGCAGACUUAGUUAUGUAGCCACAGGUAGUGCCAAAGUGCUUUUUAUUUGUUUAUUUAAUUGUCUGUCUAGCUAGCUAGCUAGCUAGCUAGCUAUCAUAUUUUUAUACUGCUUGAUAUGUGCAUCUCUAGGUAGUGUACAAAAUUUAAAACACAAUAUAAAAAACAGAGUAAAAACAGUUAAAAUUUCACAAAAUAAAGUAAAAUCUAUCUCAUAAGAUAAGAACAAAUUAAACAGUUUAAAAUUAAGUUCAUUUAAAAGCCUAAGGAAACAGGUGUGUCUUGAGGGUCUUCCUAAAAGCAAACAGAGAAGGAGAUGCUCUUAUUUCAACAGGGAGCCUAUUCCAAAGCCCUGGGGCAGCCACAGAGAAGGCCCAGUCCCGAGUUGCCACCAAAUGAGCCAGCAGCAACCAUAAUUGGACCUCUGCAGAUGAUCUCAAUAGGUGACAGGGUUCAUGACAAAGAAGGGGCACUUGAACUUGAAUAAGCCUGCUUAUAGCUAGAGAAAAAUGAGGCCACAUAUCUGGCCUGUUCCAGCCUUCCUGAGCAGCUGUACUGAACUUCUAAAGGAAAGGUUCCUGUGCUAUUCUGACCACAGGCUAUACAGUGUGUUUGUGCAUAUGUAUGAAUUCAGCUACAAAGGGGGGAAUGAUUCUUGGGAGGGGAAAAUGGGGAUGAUACCACUACCACUAUUACUUUUCAACAAAACUUUUCCACCUUUCAACAAAAGUUCCCAAAGCAGUAGUAGGUAAGUAAGUUAAAUAAGAUGGCUCCCAAUGCUUUGUGUUGAUGAACUACUGCCAAAUAAGAUCAAGCCCCAAACUGAGUGAGGUGGGGUAUCUUUUCUGGGUUUUUAGUAUCAGUUCCCUCCUCUGACUCUGU